AACUGUCAACUCGCUGGAGAAGGGUGAUAACUCAAAGCUUUCAAAAACCUUCACUUAUUCCAAUAGUCAAUUUUACAAGAUUUCUUGUUUAUUUUCACUGACAUUAACAGAGGCCCACUCACUUCAUAUCCCUUAAUUUCCUGCUUAUAUAGGUCACAUUGUUUUGGGAAAUAUAAUUAAUCAGUUUUGGUGGACAGAAGUGUGUGAUUAUCCAACAGGGAGGUCUCCCCAUUGUGGAAUUGUGAUGCCUUUUAGGCAAUCAACAAUGAAUAAUGACCCUAAUGGAAACUAAGGUGUAGUCGCAUGACAUGCUCUCGUGUAGGUUCGAAGCUACUUCAUGUGUCUGUUAUUGCUCUAGAAAGAAACCAGCUUCAAAAAAAAAUUUUUUUUUUGGUAGAUUUCAAAGUCUGGCAAAGGGUGUAGUGUUUUAAUUUAACAGCAGGAUGUGCUAAGCACCAAGUGCAUGAGGACAAUAUUCUGUUAAUAACUCCUGUAGUGGCAAAAUGUGAAGAAAAUGACUGAAAAUGAUGAAAAAUUUUCAUUUUAGGCACAAGUUGUCUUCUUUAUUGUUUUCUGCCUAAAGGCCUAUGAAGAAAUUUAAGGCAGUUGAAAUUUAUGUUUUUGCAAAGCCACAAGAAUGAAGGCAAUGCAUGUUGCUUCCCACAAAAUGAUUUAAAAAAAAAAAAAAAACCUGCAUAGUUUCCUUGAGCCUAAAUUAAUUUGUUUAAGCCACCUUGACUUAGCAGGAAGAUUUCUCCCCUUGUAGCAUUUCAACACAUGCAAGUAACCAGCAAUGCAUGCUGUGAAGGAACAUUUCCCAGCCCUUCCUUGCAAUAAUUCAAUACAUAUCACUGUCUACUGUGUGGAGACAGACACUUUGGCAAAUUCUGCAUGUGUAGAUUUUUCGAAGUUGAUAUUGGGAUGUAGUGUGUUCACUCUGGUCAUAUGAAGAGAGGAUAUAGAAAGUAAGGGCUAGAUGUAGGCCAUCUGUGGCUGUGCUCACAUGGUUGAGGUAAAGAGUGGAUAUAAAGUCAUUCGAAAUUUGGCCAAUAGCGACCGCUUUUAUUGAAAGGCGGGCCUCUAUGAUGCCAAUGGUGAGUUGACAGGGUUCAAGGACCAGGCACAGCCCAAACAGCCUAUUCAUUUUGUGGCUGUCCCGAUUAGUUCUCCAAACAAGUUCCUCGUGUCAAAUUCACAGCCUACAAUCCUGCCCAAGACUACAACAGUACAAUCUCCAAUGAUUUUAAGCAGUUCUCCGUCUCAGCGCCUCACUCUCCCCCAGAUUAUAUCCAGCAAUGCGCGGGGCACUAAUGUUCCCAUGAUGCUCGACUCGCCGGGAAUUCUGGGAGCAAUCAGAAAGCGGGGAGGUGAUAUUGAAAUAGACUUUGGUGACAGUAAAAGAAGGAAAGGAGAGAAAGGCGGCAAGGGGCUACGUCAUUUCUCCAUGAAGGUGUGUGAGAAGGUCCAGAAGAAGGGGGUGACAUCGUACAACGAGGUGGCAGACGAACUGGUGGCGGAGUUCAGUGACCCCAGACAUAUGACCCCCACAGAUCAGCAAUACGAUCAGAAGAACAUCCGAAGGCGCGUGUAUGAUGCGCUGAACGUGUUGAUGGCCAUGAACAUCAUAUCUAAAGAGAAGAAAGAGAUCAGGUGGAUAGGCCUGCCCACAAAUUCCGCACAAGAGUGUCAAAAUCUAGAGUUAGAGAAACAGAGGCGGUUGGAAAGGAUACGGCACAAAACUCAACAGUUACAGGAACUCAUUUUACAGCAAAUAGCAUUCAAGAACCUGGUAAACAGAAAUCGUGAUCUUGAAAAAACCCAAGGUCCGCCAACUGCUAAUUCGGCCAUUCAGCUUCCUUUUAUCAUAGUGAACACAAGCAAAAAGACUGUCAUAGACUGCAGCAUAUCAAACGACAAGUAUGAAUAUUUAUUCAAUUUUGACAACACAUUUGAGAUUCAUGACGACAUCGAAGUCCUCAAAAGAAUGGGGAUGGCAUUCGGGUUGGAGAAGAGUAGUAUAUCAGACGAGCAUCUCAGUAAAGCCAUGAAAAUGGUCCCAAAGUCUUUAGAACCAUAUGUCCUACAACUGGCCAAUGUCCCUGGCGUGGCUGGGCCCAGUGGUAUUAAAGUGGAGGCGUCUGCAGCAGCAAGUCUGACCAAUCAGCCAUACUUCCUCACUUCCGGAGACAGCACGGAUGCAGAAGUUGCCCUGGCAACCAGUCACAUGUCCCGCCAGUCCAGCCUCGGCUCUUAUUCAGACUUGGCGCCAUCUAGAGGGGCCACGGAGACUCCGUCGGAAUGCUUCUCGGACGAUGACGAGGAUGAGUCUGAGCGAUCAAGCCCGGUGGAUAUCAACUGAUGGCGGACGUGGUGAUACAAGGACAUGUAUACUUGAUAUACUUAAUUCACAGCAGUCGUUUGUUCACGGGUUUCUCACAACAACAGCAGUGGUGGUGUUUUUGUCACUGUUGAUUUGCGGUGGUGACGACGACGACAGCGGAGUGAGAGCAUAGAAGUGACUGUUGACAUUGCAGAGAUAAAGGCAGCAGAUUGAAUUUUUGAAAGGAAUUAAAAAAAAGAAACUAUUUAAGAUUUUAUAAAGAUUGCUGUUCAGUACAGAAUACAAAUCUUACACUAUGAAGAUAACGGGAAACAGGAAAAAGCAUUUACUGUGAAUUAUUAUUUUAAGUGAAUGUUGUUUAUUACAGUAAAAGCACAAACAAAAGAACGAGCUAGAAAAAAAAAAAGAAGUGGGAAAACUCACAGUUUCUAACCAUUAUGACUGUACAUUAUAUGUGUCAGCUGGUGGUACUUUAACAAGAGAGAAAACAAAGCCUCAGAGCCAUAUAACAUAACUUGUAGUGCAGGACACGUGCAACAUGGGUCUUUUGUAUGUAUACAUAUUAUUUUAUAGACUGACUUAGGCCACCUGCUCUAUAACUACUAUUAUUUCUAUUAUAUACACGUGUGCAUGUUAUGUAUAGAUUCUUAAUAUCACAUUUGCCCUAUCGCCCUUGUUUAAAUUUUCUCACUCCAUCCCUCCAUCCUUUUCCCUGUAAAUCUUCCCUCUUGUAAAAAUUUGACAUUUCCUUUUGUAUCCAAUCCAAUAUGAAAAUUUACUGUCCUCUUUUCCUACCGUAACCUCUGCUAAGUAAAUUGCCAGUUUUGAAUUGUGAAAGAUGAUGAAAAGAAAUUGAUUUGGCAGCGUUAAGAGAAAUUUAAAAAUGACUGUGUGAGAAGUGAAGAUUGUCAUGGAAAUUAUUUCAAACAAAAAUUUUUAGAACAAGACAAAAAGGACUUAAUUGAGGUAUGGGGAAAAGGUAGCUUUGUCCAUAAUACAAGCUUUGAACCCGGUGCUUGUUUGCUUUCGACCUAAGUUUAAAAAAUGUGAUGCUGUACCAAAUAUUAAAAACGGUAAUUCACAACCAGUAUUUUAUAUACACUUAGUAAUUCUUACCAGGUAAGUGGGAAAAUGUUAAAUAAUGAGUUAAAGUGAAGAAGACAUUGGCUGACAAAAUAGUUCAAUUAUACAUUGGUGUUGAACACGGAAGGGCUUAUUGAAUUUGUAUCAAAUUGUGUUUAGCUUUUAGUCGUGUAUUUUGAUGUGAUUUCUAUUUAUUAUUGCCUAGUGUUUAUUUUUCCUUCUGAUGGAUGAAAUUUGAGGUUUGAGGCUUGUAUUAAUAAAAUUAGGUGAGAGCAGCACAUGUACCUUUAGGGUUGAUGAAGCUCAAAGGAAAUCUGGCCUUCCUUGACAAUAUUCAUUUAUGCUUGAAGUUAACUUGGAUUUGUUGUCAUAAGAUGAAAUUAAGAAUGCUGAUUUGGCAUUAAUUCAGUUGAUAAAUUGAUUUUGGUGAAACUAUUAUAAAGGGAGGCUAAAAUUUUUACAUAUAUUUAUUAUAAUUAAUCAUUCUUUUUGACUAUUUUGGGGACAUUCUUUAAUUGACUUGAAGUUAAAGAUUUCAUAUCAAAGAAUGGUGAAGUACGUGUUUAGUGAAGAGGCUUCAUUGACUCCCCAUAGUAUAUGUUUUUGUGUCGUUUCUUUUAUUAAGUACAUAAUGUUCAGAAAAGGAAAGUACAAGUUGUGCGUUCAGUGUUCUGAAGCACAGUGUUUCAUUUUAUCCAUUGAGAUUGCUAUGAAGCGAAGAGCAUUUUACAUCUUUUAACCAACUUGGUCUUCAUAAAAUGUGUGCAGUUGAUUACCAUGUACGGGUUCAAAUCACAUAUUUUGUCAUGUGCAUGUGAGAGUGACCAAUACAAGCACGCGGAAUCGAAUUCUCACAGGGCGUUUCGUGCUGAUAGUGUUCUUAUAAGAGAGUUUGAAUGUUAUAGAGCAUGACUGGUGGAAAAUGAGGUUACUUCAUUUCCAUUAUUAUAAAUAAGUUGAGGUAUAGUUAAGAUGACAUAGUAAGUGAUCUGUAAAUUUGACCUUAUUUUUCUAAUUUAAUAACGGGGUCUUCAACCAUGGCUUGUAAGCUCUGAUACAGAAUUUUUUUCGGCCCAUCUCAGUCUGUUAUGUGAAUAUUAGAGUUGUUUCUCUCAUUGCCUUUUAAUUAGUGACAAAUGUGAAUUGUAUUGCCUCCUAAAUUAAAGAACCAUUUAUAUGGAAAAGCAUUGUUACUAUUACUGAAUAACAAAAAUUGUGUCAUGUUAGUGAGGUCAAACAUUGUAUAGCAAAUGUUGUGGUGCAUUGUUGUUUGGCAUACAGGACUUGUCAAGUGCUUUUUGGAUGCACAUUCUCAAGGUUUAUUCUGUGUUGCUUUUGCAUAAUGCCUGCUCAGCUCGGGGGAGUACUUUAGACCAAAAUGGCCACUACACACAACACCUAACUACCAGUUCAAAAUGCCUCAAGGUUCAUAUAAUUUGUUAGGAAUCUUGGUGAUGUGGUAGAUAACCAUGAUAGUGCAAGUUUGUACCAUGACAGCUAAGGUAAAAAUAUUAUGAUGCGAGCUGAAACUGUUAUGAUGUGAAUUACAACCACGAUGAUGAGUUGAAAAUGUUAUAAUGAGAAUCUAACAACCAUGAAGUAAAGAAGGCAUGCUGUGGAGUCAGAAUCUUCAUGAUAGUGAAUUACUCAUGAUGUAGGUUUGACAUUGUUUGUUUGUUAGAGUCGUAAUAUGUGAGAACUAUGGUGGCAUGGGAAUGACAUAUUAAUCAUCUGAAGUGAAACCUUGGUGUGUGGUUUGAAGGCUAUCUUGGUCUACAGCAGUCCUCCCCUGAGCGCCUUAUUCCAACAGUUUUCACAUUUACUCUUCUGGGCAGAAUCAUCUCACUUAUUUUAUUGUGAAUAUUUAAUUGGCAUUGCUAUUAUUAUUAUAAUAAUUAAAUUAUCAAAAUUUUAUUUUAAUUGUACAGCAGUGAAUGUAAACCAGACCUAGUGUGUUUAACAUGGGUAUGGUUAUAUUAGGUAGCAGUGAGGCUACUGGAUUUUUAUCACAUUAAUGGUGACCAUUUUUUUUUUUUUUUUUUUUUUUGUAAUAUAGUAAAAAAAAAGUUUGAAAUGAAUUAAAUGUGUGGGGUUUUUCAUGCCUACAGUCAGGGAGGCCAAGGUGAUGAUGAUUAUAAUAUUUGAAAGAGGCAUCUUCAUUUCCUGGUUAUCUGAAAAAAAUUUUGGUUUCUUCUGUGAAACGAGUAAAAUACUGGAAGGGAAUGUAUCUGUAUUUCUUUGCCAUUGUUCAGGAAGAAGACGGCAGUGAUGAUGAUAAUUAUAACGAACAUCAAUUAAUACUUGAUUGAUGACUGUUUUGUGUAAGGGAAGAUGCCUGCUUGCAUUCAACACAUACAGAUUGGCUGUAUCUGGUGUUGAACAUUUGUGUACAGUAGUAGAAGAUUGGAAUAAACUCAGUCGAGAUAUUAUCUUUUG